GAGGUGGAGGGAGGCGCAGAAGGAGACAGAGCAGGAGCGAAAGACGCCCUUUAAAGAGCAGAAUAAAAACAGGUUAAGCAUCACAUUCUGGAGAAAAUCCCAGACACAAACGCAAAAUUUGGACUAUGGCUUCCACGACCUCAGGUGAUGUUCUGCCCACAGGUGGCAGGAUCUUCAUCAGCUUUCCUGACCUGUUCUUCAUCCCUGAGUGGGUCAUUGGGGGUUUGGUGUGGAUCCUAGUGGCUUCGACUCGGGUCAACCCGGACAAUCCUCUGGGCUGGGUGAUGUUUGUGUCCGUCUUCUGCUUCGUCGGAACAACCCUUUGGCUUUUCAUCUUCGCGUGCGGAGGCAAUCAGAGCAGCUUUUGGCCUGGCCUGGACGCAGGUUUUCAUUUCUUAGCUGUGGUUUUCUACCUCAGUGCCUCUGUGGUUCUAGCCUACAUCACGCUUCUGAAAAGGAACCCUUUAGGGACAGAGGAGCUUAAGAUCUAUCGACUGGACAUUUCUGCAGUGGUGAUGUCCCAUGUGGCCACUCUUCUCUACUUCCUCCAUGCCAUUUUCUCUGCCAUCAGAUGGAAGAGGGCCUAAAGAACAACCUGAACUCAUUCAGACAUUAAGCAAAAGAAGCGAUAAAGAAUUAUAAAACAUGCGCUACAUUUUUCUUUUGCUCUUUCUUCAUUAGUUCUAGAAUUAAUAGCUACAAAGACUAAGAGAUAAAUCCCAUUGUGUCCAAUGUGUAAAUUGAUGUAAAACCAUCAUAUCUUUAUGCAUUUACUACUUCAUAAGUGGCUCUUGUCUCAAUAAGAUAAGCACCUGUUCAGAAUAGGUUUGUGUGAGAUGUAACUGUAUCUGUGAUUUUUUUUUAAGAAAUGGGUAAAAAGAUUUCCCAUAAUUUUAUUUUGCCUGUCAUUUCAUUUUAAGUAUCUUACCCUCAGACAGCAUUCUCUUAUAGUAAACCCAGAUAUAUUUUAUUAUUUGCUCUGGAUGUUUAAACGUUGCCUCUUUUUUUAUGAAUAGGCCUCAGUUACGGUUCGUUUUUUUCCCCUUUUGUGUUUUAAAUGUUGAAGAGCCAACUGACAAAGUUUAUGUUACAGGGGUAACAAAAAAAAAAAAAAAAAAAAAAAAAA